UUUUUGCACAGCACUGUAAUUGUCGUAACACAUGUUUUAUGUUGAUCCAGUGGUUCGAUGACGAUUGUUAGCAUUAGGUCCUGUACAGCCACAUUUGGACAUUUAACAUUUAUUGGAUGCCAAUUUAUUCCUGUGGAAUUCUGUGGAUUUCAUGUACUCAAUGCAUGAAGGCUCUGUUACCCUUGGCUUAACUCUCUCAUGAUUAAUUCAUUAUUAUUAGUAGUAUUAGUAUUUUAUUUAACAGGAUAACACAGAUUCAAAUAACUAAUCCAUGCACGCCACCAGGUAUUUUGGAAUCAUCAGAUAACCUGACGGUCAUGUCUUUGAACAGCUUUAAACCUAGAGUCUUCUUACUAUGAGAUGACAGACUGAUGAUUUGUUUUAUUGGUUUACUUAUGUAACUAUCAUAAGUACACUAUCAGUUUCAUAAGGUUACUUAGUGUUUUCUUUAUUCUAAUCCAUGGUAAAGUGCUUUUACCAAUUGCUUUUCCCCCCAUUAUCGUUUUUCUCAUGAAUGAUAUCCUCGGGUUUGUUCAGUCCACAUUUAGAUUGAAAUUCUUCAUUCAAAAUGGGCUUAAUAGUUUUGGCCCCUCGUGCCCUGCCAAGCAUUUAUCUUCAUAUUAGAAACCCUCGGUCACAGGUGCAACAGAAACAGCAAAACAUCCCUGGAGGCUGUUUGGAUGUUGAAUUUAGCUAUGUGACAAAGUGUGGCUAUUAAAUGGUUUUAUUAGCAGUAUGUCAUGUUCAGCUUUCUGUUUUGUCUACCCAAUUGUAUUGAGGUUUACAGUCCUACAUUGAUGUAAUAAAAUAGUUUGCAGAGUCUGAAAUGUAGCUUUUGUUUGGGUUUUUUUGGCAAUUUCUGUGAUCUCACCUUGGGGUAGAUUUGCUGGGACAUCCACUCCUGGGAAGACUGGCAACUAUUUUGAAUAUUUUUCACCUGUGAGUUUAGAUAAAUUUAGACACACCCGAAUGUCUGUGUAAGCAUGGGUCAUUAAUUGCCAAUAUUCCCCUUUUCAUACUCCCAAGACACAUACAGCAACUGAAUGCUGGUACUGUCAAACUCACGAUCUGUUAAUCAUUUGAUCAAUUAAUCAAGGUCCUACGAAAACAUUAUUUUUCCCAAUAUUCUAUAAAAUGUUUUUCUACUCUGAGAACUCAAAUCACUUUUUACUACAUUUAAGGUUCAACCAUUCAUACAGAACUCCUGUGCCAUCAAACACGUGUCAUAUUCAGACUGUAUCUUGUCCAUGGAAACUUUAAAAUGCAAAGCAAACCACUAAUUUGAUCAGAAGAUGGCAUUUCUACCAGCUGAGACCAAGAAAAAGCGACAGGUACAAGCAUCAAUGACAAUUGAUACUGUGAUUAUCUGAUUAGGUCAGAAACAUCAUUUAGAGCAGGACCGGGCUGGCUUGCAAAUGCACGGCAGCAUCAAGACAGCUUAAAUAUUGGACCUAAAUUAGAUUCACCAAGUGGAUGUGUGAAAAGGCAUCAGGACAGCUGUUAGCUGAUGUGCAAUAACGCUGAGAUCAGUUGGUGUCCCAGGAUUGUGAUUGAGUUUAUUUAAUAAAUGCUUAAUGCCACACUUGCAGACUCUGUACAAUGCAAUUCACCAAUGUUUCAUAAACAUCUCACAUGCAAAAGCUUAUUGGAAUGAGCUGCUAAUAUAAAACAGAUUAAGCUGAAAUAUAACAACUGCUCAUCCACACGACCUCACACUUCACAGUGCACUGCCUUGGAAUAUAGUGAUGAGGUAUGAAGUGGAACAGCUGCAUAGCUGUUAAGAAAUGCUGGUUUAACCUGUUAAAGUGUAAUAAGCUCAGUGCAAAGAUACCAGGACUGUUUUCCUGAUCGUUUUAGAAAGAUUUUAACCAGAGUAACCAAGUAAUCUCAUUUGAGCCUGGAGCAACUCUCACAGUCCCCCAUCAGGCGAGAUCGCCUUUAAAAAGCUACUGAUUCAAUCAGUAACACAGCUACUGAGUCAGUAUAGGUUCCUCAGCUUGUAAAAGGCUGGUGUGUCACAGUUUCUCUGCAAUAUUCAGUCAAUGCACUAAAACUGAAAGUUUUCAGUGUUCGUGCGCACUGCUGCUAAAUGUUAUGUUGGCACAUUUUGACUGCUGAAUUUGUUUUUCCACCUCCCAGGUGCCUUUUUGGUUUUGCUUUUACAGCUUUCGCGAAGCAGGUAAUGCCUUGUAAAACAGUAUGUAUAUGUUUAUUUUCAUCAAGAUCUCUGACAAAUGUAGGCAAAGUGUUGCCUUCUCUAGUGACAGGGAUUCACAAUCGCUGUGGAAGAUUUACAUGCUAAUGAAGCAAUUUGACACCUGCAGUUGCCUAUGACUCGAAAAAAAGACAUGUAAAUUGGUUAGUAAGAUACUAAUGCCUUUUUAUCCGGAAGCACAAAUACCAUAUUUAUUGUAAAUCCUAAUUAAAUGUGCUUUGAUGAAAAAAAAAUACUACCAUGUCAGAUUUUUCUUUAUAUUACACAAUACUGAAUUAUUUUUAAAUUAUUAUAUGUGUGUCUAUUAAGAACUUUAAUCAAUUACCGAACCUUGUACCUUAUAAAAUAGCUGAUAUAACCUCAGAUUAGAUUAAGGUGCUAAUUCAUUAAUACGCUAUUGGUGCAAUGUUACUCAUUCUGUGUGUGUUUUGUGUUUUUUAAUCCAGUCAUAUAGGAACAAAUCAUUGUUUAAAUCAUUAUGCAAAGACCACUUAACUCACAGGUGACAUGAGUUUAUUUUAAGGAAAGCUGUUUCCCAGCAGCAAUUCUAUGCUUGUCACACCUUAGGUUCUGUUUGCCUUGUAAUCCACUCUGUCUACAAGAUAUAUUUAAAUACUAUGGAUAUGUUGACACAGAGUCUAGGUCCAUUUUAACAUUGCAAACACAAUCACGGCCCGAGCCAUCCAACAGAGUAGAUAAACACUGUGAUCCAGUAAAAAAUUGACUCAAUUUAACCUCUUGCCAACAAACACACUUGCAUAUAAAUACAAGACCCACCCACUCCCAGCUAUCAACCCAGUAGGGAGGGAACAAAGCGCUGCUCUUAUCUCACCAUAUACAUUCAGCUCUCACAUCGACUGGUCUGACUGCUUGCAUGACAUCUGAGAUUUGAGGACAGGAAGAGAAAAAUACACUCAGAGUUGACUUAAAUAUGACACAGUGAAGACGACUGUUUGUAGUUGUGCCAGUGACUCUACAGGAGCAAAGCUGACCACUUCAUCGUCAACGCUUCCCUUUUCCUUACACUGUGCUCCCUCGUCUUCCUCUCUGAGACCAUGGAGGAAGCUGCCAACACCACAGAAACCCCACCGGCCGUACCCAUUCUCUUGGAGCGACAAGUUCGCCAGCGAAAGCCUGCAGUGUCAGUCCUUAAAUCAAAGCUGAAGCAAGCUGUAACUUGCUCUCUGCCCAGAAUCCGAUCCACCCUGUCGGGGUUUUUCCCUGUGAUGCGCUGGUUGCCUAAAUACAACAUUAAAGAGUAUGUCUGGGGUGAUGUGAUGUCUGGGAUGAUUGUAGGUAUCAUCUUGGUACCACAGGCCAUUGCUUACUGCCUGCUGGCAGGGGUGGAGCCCAUAUAUGGCCUAUACACCUCGUUUUAUGCUAACAUCAUCUACUUCCUCAUGGGGACAUCCAGGCAUGUGUCUGUAGGCAUCUUCAGCCUCAUGAGCCUCAUGAUUGGACAGGUGGUGGAUAGGGAGGUGUUCAAGGCAGGUUUUGACCUCAGUGAGGACUCAGCAGUGUCUAAUAUUGAUGUCCUUAAUGAUACACUGGGCACAAACCUCACAGUCACUAAAGUUCACACUGUGGAGUUAAUGGGUAUGCAGUGUGGGAAGGAGUGUUACGCCAUCAGCAUUGCUGUUGCUGUUACAUUCCUGGCUGGAGUCUACCAGGUUUUGAUGGCAGUGUUUCGACUGGGAUUUGUCUCAGUUUAUCUUUCGGCUCCCAUGCUCGAUGGCUUUGCCACCGGAGCGUCCUUCACCAUCCUGACCGUGCAGGCUAAAUACCUCCUGGGUUUAAAGAUUCCACGUCACCAGGGCUAUGGCACAGUAGUCGUUACCUGGUUCAACAUCUUCUCCAACAUUCACAAGACCAACCUGUGUGACUUCAUCACUAGUGCCAUCUGUAUCUCAAUAUUAGUGGCAGCAAAGGAGAUUCAGGAACGCUAUAAGGAUCGUCUGAAGAUGCCUCUCCCCACUGAGCUUGUAGUAGUGGCCGGAGCUACACUAGCCAGUCAUUUUGGAGAGCUGAACAGCCGUUAUGGCUCUAGCGUUUCUGGUCACAUCCCCACAGGGUUCAUGCCUCCCCAGCUGCCCGGCUUUAGUCUGAUGUCCCGUCUGGUGCUGGAUGCCAUUCCUUUGGCAGUCAUUAGUUUUGCCUUCACGGUGUCUUUGUCUGAAAUGUUUGCUAAGAAACAUGGCUACACCGUUCGUCCCAACCAGGAGAUGCUGGCUAUCGGCUUCUGUAAUAUCAUUCCCUCCUUCUUCCACUCAUUCACCACCAGUGCAGCACUGGCAAAAACAAUGGUGAAGGACUCCACAGGCUGCAAGACACAGGUAUCAAGUCUGAUCAGUGCCCUGGUAGUCCUCCUUGUCCUCCUCUUCUUUGCACCUUUCUUCCAAGCUCUCCAGAAAUGUGUGCUUGCUUGUAUCAUAAUUGUUAGCCUUCGGGGGGCACUGAGAAAGUUCAGGGAUGUACCGGCUAAGUGGCGUGCGAGCCGAAAUGACGCCAUCGUUUGGCUGGUUGCCAUGUCAGCCACGGCUCUGAUCAGUGUGGAGCUGGGCCUCCUUGUAGGAAUAAUCUUUUCCAUGAUCUGCUUCAUCUUUAGGACUCAAAAUCCAAAGGUCUCCCUCCUGGGCCGGGUUGAUGACACCGAUUUUUACGAGGACUUGGAAGAGUAUAAGAACCUUGUGGCACCAUCUCGGGUUCAAAUAUUCCGCUUCCAGGCUCCUUUGUACUACGCCAAUAAGGAGUCUUUUCUCAAGUCUCUCUACAAAGCUGUCGGAGUCGAACCCUUCUUUGAGCUGACCAAAAGGAAAAAGGCAGAGAAGAAGGCCAAAGAUGCGUCUGCGAAGCAGGCCAAGGCGAACGGAGAGAAAAAUAACGGAGAUGUUGUAGUGAGACUGGUCCAAAGAGAAUUGGAGUUUCACACAAUAGUUUUAGACUGUUCUGCAAUCCCUUUCAUAGAUUCAGCAGGCUUGGCUGCUUUUCUAGGGCUGGUCAAGGAAUAUAAAGGGAUUGGCGUGAGUGUGCUCCUUGCCUGUUGUAACACUUCACUCAUUGAUACCCUGCAGAAGGGAAAAUUAUUUGGUAAGAAUGACGAAGACAUGGGCAGCCUUCUGUUUCACACAGUUCACGCUGCUGUUGUCCAUGCUAACAGGGCAGCUGCAGCCACAGAGAGCAGGUCAGAGGACUCUGAGGUGUAGGUGAGCCAGAGGAGAAAGAGAAAAGAUGUGCCCGGUUCAUUCCUCUGUUUGAUUUCCCACUGGUAUUGUGAAAAAAUGUUUAGGCAGUAUCAGUUUGGGCAUUAGAUAGCUCUAUGAUGCUUUUUAUAACCCUUCUUUUUAGAAAACAGUGGAAAAUAUAUUUUUAAGCUUUGUGCCUAUUAAAUUUGAUCCAAAGCCUUCUGUUUCAAAGAUAUAAAAAAAAUGGAUUCAAGUUGGCAGUGAGUAACGCAAGCGAGAGUAAAUGAACGAUAUGGUGAAGACACAUAUCCAGUGAUAAACCAAUGAGACAGAAAUGGCUUAAAAAAUAUAACAAAUUUUCUGCUUUUAAAAGUAAAAAAAAUUGUAAAGGUUUGAAAUCCAACUUAUCUACAUGCAUUUUUAAAAUCUUUUUCAAGUGUACGUCAUUAUAUUUUUUCCAAGUAAGAUGAAGAAGAUGUGGUCCAAAAAGAGCUGCAGUAGGUGUUCUCAGUCAGUAGCAGUUUCGUUUUGUUCUGUCAUGAAGUCUUCUCUUUGCAGGAAAAGGAAAUGAGCUGGAGGAGUAGCGACACAAACAAACACAUAGCUUUUUAACUUUUCAGUGCUAAUGACUGAAUAUAGACUUUUGCAAUUAGUUUUCAGACAACAGUUUCACAUAGUCUAGAGUUAAGUGAACCUGAAUUUUUUUCAGGAGCUACCCCUGAAAAAGCAUUAGUGACAUCAGUAAAUAAGCUGAUAUAGCAGAGCAAGCACUGAUGAACUCUGAAUCUGUGCAUGCUUGCCUGUAGUGUGUAACUGGAUGGAUGUUUGCUUUUUUUCAUUCCCAAGCUAGUUUCCACUCAGUUUCUGGCUAAUACUCUCUGUGCAGUUUUAGUACAACACACAUGUGCCACAAUAUGAAAGUAUUAUUUAUUGCAAUGAAAGAUAAGUCAGUUCAGUUUACAUACCUUGAACCUCUUGGCCAAAGUCCGUAAUGGCUUUAACCCGGGGUUGUAGAAUCCAGAUUUAGAGAUUUAUCUAAGUGCCAGCUAUUACCUUGGACGUUAAAUCAUUCAUAAAAGGCUGGUUAAAGUUUUCCUGACACCAGGAAGGAAAGUUAUACGUGACACACGAGGACUAUGUGCUUUUCUCAGUGUGGUUAGGUGAGAGUUCAUUACAACAUGCUAGUACUGUUGGACCGUUCCAAUGGCCCAAAUGGGGAAAAACCAUGGAAAGAAAUAGUAACAUAUGAUUAAGAUGUAUAUGGGGACUUUGCUCAGGUGAAAAUUAAAACAAAAACUGGUGCCUUGAAUCGACGGCAACAGGUGAUACCAUAAACGUGGACUGAUUCACUGCCAUUGAUUGUUAAAUUCUCACUCUCGUAUCUUUGCUAAACCACAAUUUUCCUUGAUCUCUUUAAAUCUUUCAAUUCAAUUCAGUUCAACUCAAUAAACGUUAUUGGCCCCGAAGGAAAUUGGGUAAUUUCUUUAAAAUUUAAAAAUGAAUAAUAACUGAGACUAUCUAUGUCAAUAAAAAAUUAUAUGUUAGGCUGAAGUGUUGAAAAACUGUCACUGUAAUAUGAUGUGGACAUGAGACAACUGUAAAUUUUGAAAAUCAUCAUUUUCAUACAUUUAUGUUGUCAUCUACCAUUUCUAAGAUUUAUUUUUUUUUACUGGAAUCGUGAUAGUGACUUUUGUUUUUAGCAGGAGUUUCUUUGAUUCUCGUCUUAGAGACAGCGUUGACGUUCAACAUCAUCAAAUGUUUUUUAAUGUUUAACACUUAGAUUAAACCGUGUCUUUAGAGAAACACCUGUGGGUGUGAUUUAUUAUUACAAUUACUAAUAUUAUUGUUAAUUAAAAUUGGUUAACAAACAAAAGGAUGUCAUAUAAAGAGAGACUACUUAUCAUUUUGAUAGAAAAACAUGUAUUCAACCUACAAUGGCCAGUACUUUAUACUUCGUAACUGAGGAAGAUCAUUCUGAAGUUGUUUCACAUUAUAAAGAUGCAGCUUUUUGCAGAUUGGUGUUUGUGAGCUCUGCCUCUCUAACAUGAUUCGGUUUAAACCCAAUCAUAUUACUGACCUGUUACAAAACACCCUCAAUUGCAAAAUAUUCCUCCAGGUUUUUUUUCUCCUUUUUAAUACUUUAGCACUUACUUUUCAACCCUUUUGUUGCCCCUGUCUUUUUUGAGAUGUGUUGCUGCCAUCAGAUUCAAAAUGAGGUAAUAUUUUUUCAUGAAAUAGUAAAAUGUCCCAGUUUAAACACUUGAUAUGUUUUCUAUGUUCUACUGUGAAUAAAGUAUAGGAUUUUGAGAAUUUAAAAAUCACUGUGUUUUGCUUUUAUUUACAUUUUACCACGUGACACUUUUUUGGAAAAUCAGGUUGUAGUCACAGUAAAUUUAGACCUUCAUGCAUUUACGUGUACAAUUCAGACUC